CCACAUAUUCAGCUAAAGACUGCCGCGGAGGAGCAGAAAGGUGAAUGCUAAAACAGACGGCGGCGGCGGCGGCGGCACCGCGGCUGAGAACUUUAAUGGAAUUCCACGCGCCACCGUCCCGGCCGGUUAAGGACUACGUUCAUUAUCAACACGCCGAUGUUUGCAGCCUGUACAGAUGGACUGCCAAGGAAAGUUAUGAGUACAUGUAUGCAAGGCAGUGGCGUAAAAUUGAUGACUUUUACUUGGAUGUGGUAAACGGCCGCCGCUCUCUGUCCGAGUUGUUUGGGAAAGAGAGUCAUGCUGUCUAUCAUGGUGCUGAAGAUGCAGAAACUUGUGAUAAAUAUGAAUCAGUGAGCAUUCCAGUUAAGGAAAGGACUGGAAGAUGGGCAAGAGUGACAUUCAAAAUACUGUUGUCAUACCAUGGAAGCUCAUUUGAUGGGUGGCAGAAACAACCUGGUUUAAAUACUGUCCAGAGCUUGAUUGAAAGAGCACUUGGGAAAUUUGUUGAUGAUAAGAAAGCACAGCUACUCAAAGACAAGAAAUUACCAAUUGAUGGCUGUGCUGUUGUUGCUGGGAGAACAGACAAAGGGGUGACAGCUCUUGGACAAGUUUGCUCUUUCUAUACAUGGAGGCAGGAUGUCAAAGCUUUAGAAAUUAAGGAUGCUAUAAACAGUGCAUCGUCUGGGAAGAUGAAGGUCAAUUCUGUAACUCAGGUUCCUCGUGAUUUUCAUCCUAAUUUUUCUGCCAAAUGGAGGCGGUAUCUCUACAUAUUUCCAUUUAAUGAUGAAAACGUUGAUACUAAAGACUGUCUCUACAACAAUGUUUUGGACGAUGUUGAUAGCCAAAAUUUCCAAGACAGCAUAUCCUCAUCUGAGGAACAUUGUGAAAACAUAAUCCAUGAUAAUGAUCAGAAUGAACCGUCAACUGGAAACAAACCAAUGAGUUUUGAAGUGAGCCGUGUUAACCAUAUGUUGCAUCAGUUGGAAGGAAAACUACUUUCUUUCAGGAUGUUUGCACGGGAUACAAAGCCGGCAAGAAACAUUGGUCCACCAACAGAAUGCUUUGUCUUCCAUGCUCGGGCUGCAGAGGCAUAUUUACCUUGUCCUCAGGAUGGAACAGGCACGAGGAUAAUGUGCAUUGAAUUGGUUGCCAAUCGCUUCCUGCGGAAGAUGGUUCGAGUUCUUGUAGCAACAGCUAUUAGGGAAGCAGCUGCUGGUGCAGACGAAACCGCAUUGCUGAAGCUGAUGGAUGCAACUUGUAGGCGCGCCACUGCCCCACGCCCCCCUGAUGGCCUCUGCCUCGUCGACGUCGGGUAUACAGAAUUCCAGAGAGAAAUAUGCCUAAUCCAUUGAAGCUGCCUUCUCCAUUUUUGUAAGUUAAGAUGGAACAAAUUUUAACCUAACUUUAUUUGAUGUUAUAUACUCAAACUUGGAAAAUGGUCCAUCAGGCCCUUGUCCAGCCCUAGAUUAAAAAAGGGCUUAAAUAUAUAGAUAUAUAGUAGGCUUUUUUUUAUA